GCCUGCGUGCGCAAGGAGAGGGGGCGUGGCUCAAACUCCUGGCCGGAAGCAGGAGGCCGCCGGGGCGGGCCGGCUGGCGUCCCCUUUCCGGCUGGUCCCCAUGGAGGCGCUGGGGAAGCUCAAGCAGUUCGAUGCCUACCCCAAGACUCUGGAGGACUUCCGGGUUAAGACCUGCGGGGGCGCCACGGUGACCAUUGUCAGUGGCCUCCUCAUGCUGCUACUGUUUCUGUCCGAGCUGCAGUAUUACCUCACCACUGAGGUGCAUCCUGAACUCUAUGUGGACAAGUCACGGGGAGAUAAACUGAAGAUCAACAUCGACGUGUUUUUUCCGCAUAUGCCUUGUGCCUAUCUGAGCAUCGAUGCCAUGGAUGUGGCUGGGGAGCAGCAGCUGGAUGUGGAGCACAACCUGUUUAAGCAACGGCUAGAUAAGGAUGGCAUCCCCGUGAGCUCAGAGGCCGAGCGUCAUGAGCUCGGGAAAGUCGAGGUAAAGGUGUUUGACCCUGACUCCCUGGACCCUGAUCGCUGUGAGAGCUGCUAUGGUGCCGAAACAGAAGACAUCAAGUGCUGCAACACCUGUGAAGAUGUGCGGGAGGCCUAUCGGCGUCGGGGCUGGGCCUUCAAGAACCCAGACACGAUCGAGCAGUGCCGGCGAGAGGGCUUCAGCCAGAAGAUGCAGGAGCAGAAGAACGAAGGCUGCCAAGUGUAUGGCUUCUUAGAAGUCAACAAGGUGGCCGGAAACUUCCACUUUGCUCCCGGGAAGAGCUUCCAGCAGUCUCAUGUGCAUGUCCAUGCUGUGGAGAUCCAUGACUUGCAGAGCUUCGGCCUCGACAACAUCAACAUGACCCACUACAUCCGGCAUCUGUCAUUCGGGGAGGACUACCCGGGCAUUGUGAACCCCCUGGACCGCACCAAUGUCACCGCACCCCAAGCCUCCAUGAUGUUCCAGUACUUCGUGAAGGUGGUACCCACAGUGUACAUGAAGGUGGACGGGGAGGUGCUGAGGACAAAUCAGUUUUCUGUGACCAGGCACGAGAAGGUCGCCAACGGGCUGAUGGGUGACCAGGGGCUUCCCGGAGUCUUCGUGCUGUAUGAGCUGUCACCCAUGAUGGUAAAGCUGACAGAGAAGCACAGGUCCUUCACGCACUUCCUGACAGGCGUGUGCGCCAUCAUCGGGGGCAUGUUCACAGUGGCUGGACUCAUCGAUUCGCUCAUCUACCACUCGGCUCGAGCCAUCCAGAAGAAAAUUGACCUCGGGAAGACAACAUAGUUGUCUCCUUCCCCCUCUGUUGUUCUGUUCUCCUGUUUCCCUUUGGCCCUGUGGUCAUUCGCAGCCUUUUGCCCACCCCACCCCCACUCGGCGUCGGUCUCAGUGCAGGUUCAUAAAUCUGUUGGUUGUGAUAGUA